AUGACAGUCAAUCGAUUCGGGUUUUUACUAAGUCAUUUACAUUUAAAUGACGUCAAUGGUGAACCUAAGAAAGGACACCCGAAUUAUGACAAAUUGUAUAAAUUGAGACCAAUCAUUGAUACGCUUAGUCAGACGUUCAAAUCCUGUUGGAAUCCAGGAAAAUACCAAUCUAUUGAUGAAUCAAUGAUAAAAUUCAAAGGCCGUAGCAAUCUAAAGCAAUACCUGUCCUCAAACCCAAUAAAGCGUGGUUACAAAAGUUGGACACGAUCAGAUGAAUCCGGUUUCGUAUGUGAAUUUCAAGUAUAUACUGGGAAAUCUGAUUCGACAGAAAAACAAUUGGGCGCUCGUGUAAUAAAAGAUCUUACCCGUGAACUGGUUGGUGGAAACCAUCAUGUCUAUUUUGACAAUUUCUUUACUGGGGUGGAUCAUUUAGUUGCCCUGAAAAAGUAA